CUAUACGCACGCCUACUCGGAAGGUUUCCCCGCCUUAGUCUUCAGCGCCUACUCUCCAUGUAAAUCUGAAUAGCGUGCAAGCGUCUCUCUCCCGUCGCAGGCUCCCUUUUUGCAUCCACUUGGGGGAAAGGGCGCCUCGAGGCCGGAUCUUUUGCUGCAGCAACCGGAGCCGGUUUGCAGGAGGAGGGCCUCUUCGCUUUCCCCGGAGGAGGUUGGAGGCUCUCCAGACGGGGCUCUCCGGCAGCUGCCGCCCCGCUAGCAAUCUCGGAAGGCCUCUGCUAGUGCACCGCAGCACCCGGGGGGCUUGCCUUUGCUCGCAUGUGGAAAGAAAGACUUCGUGUAUUUCCAGAGAGCAGAAGGGCGUGAGCAAGAUGGCAGAAGAUGACCUGGUGGAAGAGACUGAGGAUACAACAUCAUCUGCUAUUAUGAACAAGGACUCUCUCCCCUCACAUCCCAUAGCUAAGGAUGCCAAUCUUUCAGAUUCCAAAGCUGUUGAUGGGACCAUACAGACAGAAACGACUGCUCUGCUGAAUUACUCAGGGCAGCAGCCUCAAGAACCCGUGGUCGAGUCAAAGAUGCCGGGCAGACUGAAGCAAAUAUGCGCCUGCCCUCCGCAAGGCAUUCUCGCCAAAACUGUCACAUAUGGAGCAGCUGUGGUGCUGAUUUGGGCCGUGGUCUGGUCCAUUACAGGCCAAGAGUGUCUUCCCGGUGGGAACCUCUUUGGGAUUUUGUUCCUCUUCUUUUUUGCUGUAAUUGGUGGCAAAUUGAUGGGGCUGAUUCAAUUACCUGGUCUGCCUCCACUCCCUCCUCUGCUUGGAAUGUUGCUUGUAGGAUUUCUCCUUCGAAAUAUUCCCUUAAUCAGUGACCUAAUCCAGAUAGAUACAAAGUGGUCAGCUGCCCUAAGAAGUAUUGCCCUUGCUAUUAUCCUGGCCCGGGCUGGCCUGGGUCUUGACCCAAAGGCUCUGAAAAAAUUAAAGGCUGUCUGUUUACGAUUGAGCUUCGGGCCUUGCAUCACUGAAGCAUGUAUAGCAGCAGUUCUGGCUCACUUCCUGAUGCACCUGCCAUGGAUCUGGGGGUUCCUCUUAGGGUUUGUCUUAGGGGCUGUUUCCCCUGCUGUUGUGGUUCCCUCCAUGCUGGUUUUGCAAGCGGGAGGCUAUGGCGUCGAAAAGGGUGUCCCUACCUUGCUCAUGGCUGCCGGCAGCUUUGAUGACAUCUUGUCCAUUACGGGCUUCAACACCUGUUUAGGGAUAGCCUUCUCCACAGGCUCCACUGUUUUCAGUAUUCUUCGUGGUUUUCUGGAGGUUGCAAUUGGAGUCGCUGCUGGCGGGCUUUUAGGUAUUUUUGUACGGUACUUUCCAAGCAAGGAUCAGGUAUCCAUUGUAUGGAGGAGAGCAUUCUUUCUGGUAGGUCUGUCUGUGUUUGCUAUUUUUAGCACCAUAAACUUGGGCUUCCCUGGAUCUGGAGGACUCUGUACCAUUGUCUUGGCAUUCCUUGCCAGUCUUUCAUGGUCUGAUGAGAAGAAAGAGGUAGAAAAGAUUAUUGGAGUUGCCUGGAAGAUUUUUCAGCCCUUUCUUUUUGGUUUAAUUGGAGCUGAAAUAUCUGUCUUCUCUCUAAAACCAGAAACAGUUGGACUUUGUGUAGCCACGCUCAGUAUUGCGUUAGCAGUACGAAUUACUGCCACGUUCUUGCUGGUAUCUUUUGCUGGCUUUGAGUUGAAAGAGAAAAUAUUUAUUUCACUGGCAUGGAUCCCCAAAGCAACCGUUCAGGCUGCGAUUGGCUCACUUGCCUUAGAUACGGCACGAACUCACCAGGAUCAAACGUUAGAACAAUAUGGCAUGGAUGUCUUGACAGUGGCUUUUUUAGCAAUUCUGAUCACAGCACCAAUUGGAGCUCUGAUAAUUGGCUUGGCAGGACCCAGGCUUCUCCACAAAGCAGGUGCUUGCAGUGAAGACCAUGAUGGGCAUGAAAGAACAGAAGAAAUUGACAUAUCUGGACGGUUAUAGGGGUGUGUGUGUUAAGCACUGUCAAGUCAGUUUUGACUUAUGGCAGCUGUAUGAAUUAAUGACCUACAAAUCAUUAACAACCUUCUCAGUCUUGCAAAUUGAGGACUGUGGCUUCCUUGAUUGAGUCAAUCUGUCUCAUGUUGGGUCUCUCUCUUUUCCUGCUGCCUUCAACUUUUCCUAGCAUUAUUGUCUUUUUGAGUGAGUCCUGUCUUCUCAUAAUAUGGCCAAAGUACGAUAGUCUCAGUUUAGCCAUUUACGCUUCUAAGGAGAUUUCAGGCUUGAUUUGAUACAGAACCCAUUUAUUUGUCAUUCUGGCAGUCCACGUCCAUAAAACUCUCUUCCAACAACACAUUUCAAUUGAACCAGCUUGUCAGCUUUCUACAUUGUCCAGCAUUCACACAGACGUAGGGAAUACUAUAUCAUGAAUUGUUUGCCAGUGACAUAUCCUUACACUUAGAAUUUUUUUCUAGCACCUUCCUUCCUGCCCUUCCUCAUUGGGCAACCUCAUUCAGAAUCUGAGGCGGUGGGACACAAUACUGCUACUGUGUCACUCCACUGCUUCCAGAAGACUUUUGGCUGGCAUGGGGAGACAGGAACAACAACAUACCUCCCCGGUCAGCCAAAAGCUGAAUGGAUUUAUAGCACCCUUUUGAAUGAAAGCCCAGGUGGGAGCCAAUGAUACCCUGGAAGUGCCCUCCACACUGGUGUUCGCCUCUCAGUUUGCCCACCCCAUUGGCUCACCACAUCCACCCACCUCCCAAGUUGCCCAGCCAGCGCAUUUGCCAUAUGUGCUGGCAGGGUGAGCAUAUGCGGCAGAGCAAACAUAUGCUGAUUCCAAAGAGCCAUCCCACCCCCCUCCUUUGGAUGGGGUUCUGAAUUUUCUGAUUUCUUGGUCACAGUCUCUCUUUUGGUUGAUGAUGGAGCCAACUCUUUCACAAUUUCAAUAUCUUAAUUGUCAACCUUACAGUUAUAUAAUUCCCCAGUAGUCAGUUCUUAUGCCUUUUUGAUGUUCUGCUGUAAUCCUGCUUUCCCAUAUCUCGCACUUGCACUUGCAGGAAAAGAAGAAAUGUCCUGACCUAGAUAGCCCAGGCUAGCAAAAACGGAAGUCCCCAAUGAGAAUUCAAAAAACAGCAGUUGGUCAAAUGGCCCCCUUAACACCAGUUAAAACAGAUCCUUUUGGGAACUGAAUUGGAAAGAAAAGAGUGUUGGCGAUCACAUUUGUUCUGCCCUUUUCUUUGGCUUUUAUGGCUCGAACACCCUCUUCUAUGGCUCUUUUUGUCUUUUGAGUGUAUCGCUUGGCAUGCGUGAACCAAUCCUGGGAAGUUGGAGCCUGUAAUUUUUGUGAUGGAAGAGUCUGCCUGCAAAUAGCAAAGUAUUCUCUGGAGGCCAGAAAAGAGAAGCUGAUUGCUUUCUAACAGUCAUAGCUUGCAUCAUUUUGUAACGUGAUAGUCGCCAGGAUUAUCCUAGUUAUUAAGUGCUAAUACUUCUCUGAAAGCCUUCCUGCCCAAACAAAUUUAUUGUGCAAUUAGUGGGUAUUUGUUUCUUCUUUCUUGCUCCCAGCCUUAAAGUUCCCCUUUUGUAACAUCUAUCAAGCAAUCAGAGUAAUUUGUUCUCACAAGUCCAGAACAGCUAUUCAUUUCAGAUAACAUAUUCAUGAUUGCUGCAUGGAAUAUUGUUAAGGAAACCUUGUACCCUGACCUAGAUGGCCCAGACCAACCCAAUCUCAUCAGGCCUCAGAAGCUAAGUGUGGUGUAGUGGUUGAGAGCUGGUAGA